AUGGCUAGCACGAGUUUCGACAAAAUGCCACGGAAGCUGUGGGAGCAUCCGGACCGCAAGAGCACCGUCAUGUGGCGAUUUAUGCAGCAGGCGAACAAGAAGUUCAAUUUAAACAUGCAGUCCUUCAAAGAGCUCUACAACUGGUCAUGUAAUCACCGCAGCGACUUCUACCAGCACCUUUGGGAAUUCCACCCCAUCAUCCACGAAGGCGCCUAUACUCGAGUAGUCGACGAGUCAAUUCCCCUCACCGAGCUGCCCCGAUGGUUCGAAGGCGUGCGUCUCAACUGGGCCGAAAACGCUCUCUAUACCCGAGACACUUCAUCGCCGUCUACUGAGGCGCGCAACACGCUGAACAAAGAAGAUGCCAAGAUUGCGUUCACAGAGGUGCGAGAAGGAAACACAGAAGUGCGGCACGUAACAUGGCGGGAGCUUCGCAAAGAGGUCGCGGUGCUGGCGACAGCACUGAAGGAGAGAGGCCUGAAGAAGGGCGACCGCGUGGUGAUUGUCGGCGGCCAUUCGCUGAGGACGUACGUGGUGUAUCUGGCGACGACGUGGCUGGGAGGCAUAUUUAGCAGCAGCUCGACGGAUAUGGGCGUUGGCGGGCUGCUGCAGAGGGCGGUGCAGGUGAAUCCAAAGUUUGUCUUCUUUGAUGAUGGUGCCCUGUACAACGGCAAGACCAUUGAUCUGAGAAACAACAUCCAAGGAAUGAUCAACGGCAUGUCUGAAUGCGACCAGCUGCAGUCGUUUGUCAUCAUCCAGCGCUUUGUCAAACCCUACGAUACAAAGGCCAUCUCCAAGACAGAGCGGUUCGAAGACUUCGUCCAGGCCGGUGCCAACAAGCCAUCUCCGCCUCCGGUCCGCGUUGACUUCCAGGAUCCGUCUCUCAUCGUCUACUCCUCCGGCACAACAGGCACGCCCAAGGCUCUCGUCCACGGCGUUGGCCCGCUGCUUCUGUCCAUGAUGAAGGAAAUCCACGUCCACAGGGGCAUUGGGCCCUCGGAUACAGGUCUGCAGUACACCACCACCGGCUGGAUCAUGUACCAGUCUAGUAUCGUGUACACGUUUUUCGGCGGACGUUGUGUUGCUUAUGAUGGAUCUCCAUUGACGCCCGACGCAAAGGUGCUGCUGCGGAUUGCCGAAGAGCAGAAAGCGACGAUGAUGGGGAUAAGUCCGCGGUGGAUGGGCGAGCUCAUGAAGAGCGGCAUCGCACCAAGGGAGGAGUUUGACUUGUCAAACUUGCUGUCGGUGACGACGACGGGCAUGGUGUGUCCAGAUCAGAUGUUUGAGUGGUUUUAUGACACGGCGUUUCCGGCAAAGGUGCAGCUGGCCAACAUCUCGGGCGGGACAGAUAUUGCCGGCUGCUUUAUCCAGGAAAACCCUCUCGAUCCCCUCUACGUCGGCGGCUGCAUGAACGGCAGUCUCGGCGUCCCCAUCGCCACCUACGACCACGAUCUCCCCGAAGGCAGCGCAGGCACUCCCCUCCCUCCAGGCAGUUCCGGCGAUCUCGUCGCCACGGCAGCCUUCCCCAACAUGCCAAUAUAUCUCUGGAACGACGGCCCCGGCCCAGCCCCGGGACCGAAAUAUCGCGCCGCCUACUUUGAGCGCUACGCCGGUGCCUGGGCCCAGGGCGACUUUUGCGUCGUACAUCCAAAGACGGGGGCGGUACUCUUACUGGGCCGAUCUGAUGGCGUGCUGAACCCAAGCGGCGUGCGGUUUGGCAGCGCGGAUAUUUAUGCCGUGCUGGAGAGAUGUUUCCCGCAGGAGAUUGCUGAGAGCUUGUGCGUGGGACAGAGACGGCCGCAGGAUAUGGACGAGAGCGUUGUGCUGUUUCUGCUGAUGAAGGGAGGGCGGAAGCUGGAUAGAAAGUUUGUGUUGAAGGUGAAGGAGACGAUUGCGAAGGAGUUGACCAAGAGGCAUGUGCCCAAAUAUGUGUUUGAGAUUCCAGAGAUUCCGGUCACUGUUAAUGGCAAAAAGGUCGAGUUGCCAGUCAAGAGCAUCAUCUCCGGAAAGACGAUCAAGCCAAGCGGAACGCUGUUGAAUCCACAGUGUCUGGAUCAUUUCUACCAGUACCAGAAGAUUGAAGAGCUCGAAGAGCCGCGGGCAAGACUAUAG